GACAUGGGAGGGUAUCGUGCCUGCCCCUACCACCUACCGGGCCGAGCAGGCGUACCUGAACUGGCAUUCACUGCACAGGAGUUCAGCGGUGGUACGGCAAGCGGUGCGAGAUGUGUUUAACCUGCUACCACAGAAUGAGGAUGGGUUAAUAACAAAGACCACGUAUGUUGAAUUCUUUUUGGACCUUCUCAACCUUUUUUUUCCUAUGCAUAUUUCCUCCGCCAAUAUUUCCAUUGCGGAGGAGGAGUGGGUAUACCGGGGGACAACUGAAUUGAUGAGGUUUGAGACAUUUUAUGAGAAAUUCUAUAGUUUCCCGUUUAUAUUUUUUCGUGAUCUCAGCAAAGUGACGAGGGAUCAGUAUGUGGAGGUGUGGUGUCUGAUUCGUGUCUGUUUGUUAGAGAAUGAAGUGUCUGUCCUCUCCUGCUUGCAGGAUACGGCGGUGUUGGGGCCACCGAAUAGUGUGACAAGUGGCGGGCUCUCUUUCAAUACUUUGUCGUCCGCUGCCAAUCCCUCGGCUCCACGCCCCAUCGUCGACUACAGUCGUACACGCCGACCGAAGCGGAUAUUGGAGGCGACAUUGUGCUCCUUGCAGAAGCUGAAGGACUUGGGGCGGAAGAAAGCCCCGCCUCUCAUUGGUAAAAUUUUGGAUGUUUCAUAUGAUGAUGUUCUACGAUUAGGGGGGACGGGAUUCCACAACACAGACAACUAUCCGCUACAUGGCGCAAAGCAAUUGGCGGCGGUGAUGGUGAAGGAGAAUUUGCAGAAAUUGGUGCCCUCUCACGCGAUUGCGGUGGUGCAUGCAAAGGGGAAGCAGCUGCUUGCCGAGACCUCACGGGCCAGGCGGCGGCAACAACUACAGGAACAGUUGCAGAAGAAAGAUAACCCGGGAAGGAGCAUGGACAGCGAGUUCAGCAGCGUGCUUACUAUUGCAUCGUUAAGCAAAAACGAGAACGAAGGGGAAGAGAUGGAGGGAAGCAGCGACUUGGUUAUAAUGAACCGCAGCAACUCUUCUAGGGGACGCUCUCUCGCAGAGAAACGGAGGAAAAAAAUGAUGGGGUGGAGUCACGUGACGACGGGGCGCCACGCGACAUUGGAAAAAAUUGAGGAGGCGCGGAUGAAGAAGAAAUUGGUUGAAACGUCGGUGUUUUACCGUCAUCGACGCCUGCGGCGAAAUGCGGAGCACGCGAAGAUCUUGUCGCAUAUCUCUCGCAGCCACACCGCAUGGGAGGUUUGCCGGCAUGACAUUUAUGAAAUUCCCCCCGAGAAGCCGGACGAGGAAGACAAACUGUUGGCAUUUGUGCAGGACCUCCCAGACGACUUCUUUGAUGAUGAAAAUUCUCUACGGGUGCGGUACGGCAUUCACGCGGCUCUUCUUAAAGAACGUGCUGAACGCUCAAAAAUUUGUUAUCCCAUUGAACCCAUGCUUUCCACGUCAUCGAUGACGAUGGCGAGUUCACGUGACACACCGAAGGGAAACGAGCAGGACUCUCUCACCACGUGCAUGUAUACUGCAUUGACGGCCGAUGAUACGACGAUUGGCAGUAGUCGUGGCGGUGCGGUUUCGUCUGUUCAUGUCUUUAGGACAAGACGACGUACCCCACAUGAGGGAGGAGCGAGCAGAAUGUCAAAUUCCCCCGGUUUGACAUCGCUUGUUGGCGACGGAUCAUUCCCGUCUUCCUCUUGUGGGAUGAACUCAUCUUCAACCCCACCAUCGUCGGCAUCCAGUGGAACGAUGCGAGGGGAUCUACCGGAGGAGAGGAAUGGCAGUCAUGAAGAUGUCAGGGAUAUGGCUUCACUAGAGGAAUGGUCGAAACGAAAGGAGGAGUUAGAACCAAAGCGAGCGUUCCAUAUUCGUUUGAAUUUCAAACAAAAUAUGGAUGUUAAUUAUAAAAAAUUGCUGCAGAAAAAGCCACAUCGUCUUUUUCCGUUUUCUAUGCCCACCGCAAGGAAAGGGGCUCCCUCGACGGUCGUUAAAAGUCGUCUCCAGGAGGGACUCCACCCGUCGGGAGCUCAACAGAUAUUUUGA